AAAACACGUUACAAAUAAAAUAUUAGAGUACUUCACUGUUUAAAAGAUGGAUUUACAGUAAGAAUUGUACUUAUUGUAAUGUAAUUUAAGAUACCACUGUAACUUUUUACAAGAGAAAGUUCCCAAAUGUCUGCGUAUGUAAAUGUGACAAAAGGAGCACGAGCUAAGUGCACAAGGAAUAGAAAUGGAGAAACCCCACCAAUCAAGAAAAUCUCAAAGCAAAGCACCACGCAUAACCAGCCCGAGAUCUCUGCUAAAACGAGAGAUUUUGGUGUACAGUACCCAGAAGUGAACAGGCUGACCCGGAAGCUGUGCUAUCUGGAGGCGCAUAGAGAACAUCCAGCCUCUUUUCUGCUCUAUUAAAGCAUCUCCUGCAAAGAAAACCACACUGCGACCGCUACAAAAGAAAAAUGGCAGAGCCUCGAUUCAAUAAUCCAUAUUUCUGGCCACCUCCUCCCUCUAUGCCUGGUCAAUUGGACAACCUGAUUCUGAUCGACAAGAUCAAAGAGCAGCUGAUGGCAGAGAAGAUAAGACCUCAGCAUUUUCCACCCACCACUGUACCCUCUCAGCAGACCCUCUUGGUGGCUUCAACAAAUUCAGACGGGGGGCAACAUGUGAUGUCUAUCCCCAAGCUGCAGCAGGUGCCGGGUCUUCAGGCGCACAAUUCCUCUCAGCCUGACAUCGCCCUGCACGCCCGCCCAGCAUCUAGCACUGUUUUAGAUCUGAACAUUGAUGACAAGUCAAACGUAAAGACGAAGGGAUUAUGGGAAGACUGGCACAUGCGUCAAGCAGUGGAUCAAGCCACCCGAGUACACCAUCGCUCAGGUCUUACUUUGUCAUCCCGCACAGAGAGCCACAACACCUCCGAGGCCAUAACGCCCACCACCCUGACAUCAAGCAGUCAGAACCGCUUGGGCGGAGCACUAUCCCUAAACACUAUCGCCGGCCUGGCCUGCGCUCCUGGAAUGGAGCAUGUUAAAAGCGGAAGCCUGGUGGGGAUGUUGGGACCACAGCCCAAAGCUCCACGGGGUCGCAAGAAGAUUAAAGCAGAAAACAACACGGGGCCCCUGCUGGUGUUACCUUACCCGCUUCUGGCCUCAGGUCCCGACCAGGCAGUCACCAUUGCUAAAGAAGGAAAAACAUACAGGUGUAAAGUUUGUCCGCUCACUUUCUUCAACAAGUCAGAGAUGCAGAUUCAUUCCAAGUCCCACACGGAGGCCAAACCCCAUAAGUGCCCUCACUGUUCCAAGUCUUUCGCCAACGCCUCGUACCUCGCACAGCACUUACGCAUUCACUUAGGCAUUAAGCCUUAUCACUGCUCUUACUGUGAGAACUCCUUCCGCCAGUUAUCACACCUCCAACAACACACCAGGAUUCAUACUGGUGACAGACCGUAUAAAUGUGCCCAACCUGGAUGUGAAAAGGCAUUCACACAACUCUCAAACCUACAGUCUCACCAGAGACAACACAACAAAGACAAGCCAUACAAAUGUCCGAACUGCUACCGGGCCUACACAGACUCCGCCUCCUUACAGAUCCAUCUCUCAGCACACGCUGUCAAAAAUGCAAAAUCUUACUGCUGCAGCAUGUGCGGCCGUGCAUACACCUCUGAGACGUACCUUAUGAAGCACAUGUCUAAACAUACAGUGGUGGAGCAUCUUGUAACUCAUCAUUCCCCACAGAGAACAGAAUCUCCUGGCAUCCCCAUCCGCAUCUCACUCAUCUGA